GAACCGAUGAUGAUCUUCCACCAUCAUAUCAGAACAGCAGAGGUAUGAAAGGCAGUGGACGUAUCACUGGUAAUGGAAGAGAUACUAUUGGUGCUGGUCCAUAUACUAGAGUUCAACAACCUCAGACAGAUAUGGAAGCACAAAUACAUCACCUUGAGCAAGAAGCAUAUUGUUCAGUUCUUCGAGCAUUCAAGGCUCAGUCUGAUGCUAUAACAUGGGAAAAGGAAAGUCUCAUUACUGAGCUUAGGAAGGAGCUACGAGUAUCUGACAAAGAACACAGGGAGUUGCUAAACGGAGUUAAUAGUGAUGAUAUUAUCCGAAGAAUAAGGGAAUGGAGAGAAUCAACAGGUGGGCUUCAGAUGAAUUCAGUUAAUGCUCAGCGUUUGCAUGACCCGGUGCCCAGUCCUACCACCUCUGCUCGCAAGAGGCAAAAGACGUCUCAACCCAUUCCCUCUGCAUCUGUACCUGCGCCAUCUGCUAUGCACUCACAGCCUUUAGCUGCACCAAUGCAACCAUCAUCUUCAGGAGCAAAAAAGGCAGCCCCACCUGGCACAAAAGUGAAAAAGAAUAAACCAGGCCAGAAGAUACCUGGUGGCCCUGCAGUCAAAUCUAUGCCAUCUUCUGCUGGUCCUAGUGGGCGGGGACCAGUUAUUAACAGAAAUACAUCUGCUGGCCUUCCUCCUGAAGGGCCACAAUUAAAUCCGUUAAUCGGCCGUAAAGUCAUGACUCGGUGGCCUGAUGAUAAUAGUUUUUACGAAGCUGUAAUAACUGAUUAUGAUGCAGAAAAGGAUCUCUAUGCACUUGUUUAUGACAUGAAUACAGCACAUGAGACAUGGGAGUGGGUUGAUUUUAAGGAGAUGGCACCUGAGGAUGUAAGAUGGGAAGGUGAGGAGCCUGAUUUAAACCUUCUAGGUCGUGGUGCUCCCGGUCAUGGUGUUAAGAAGUCAACCGGUCGUGGUGGCCCCAUGUUAGGUGCCGGAAGAGGUAGGGGCCCCCAAAAGAACUCAUUUAAGAAAGAUUAUCCACCUUCGCAAAACGGUGUUGGGAAGAAGAGUUCUGACUACAUAGAAAUUCUUCAUACAGAGACACUCAUAAAGGAGGUGGAGCGGGUUUUCAGUGCUGGCAACCCUGACCCCCUUGAGGUGGAGAGGUCCAAGAAAGUGCUAAAGGAGCAUGAACAAUCGUUAAUCGAUGCAAUUGCAAGGCUUGCUGAGGCGUCUGAUGGUGAGGGUGUCAUCGUCACUAAAGCACCCUAAAUCCCUUGGUCUCCUCUGCGAACUAAGCAGAUGACCACGGGCGAUCUUUGGAGUACAACCGUGGGUGACCGUGGGUGGAGGAACCAACAUGGAGGACGAUAUGCCGAUGACAUGGCUAUCGAUGGCCUCAUUUCUGGAGAUGCAGAUGCCAUGUGAACCAUUGCCAAAAUGUACACAAUUCCCUAAUUAGUGUUUUAGCCAGUUGUGAAAUCCGGAUGCUGAUUUAUUCUAGAUUUAGCUCUAGCCUCUAGGUACUUCUGAUUGGUUCCAACGAAUGAAUCAGUUGUUAGGAUUGUUGUGCUUUUGUAGUAGAAUUGUACUCAGCUCAUGCUUGACAUUGUAAAUUUAGAUUUGGGGCUAAUUUUGUUCUGUAGUCUUUUGAUAAGUAGCAGUGAAGAUAUUUUGCUUUCCUAGUCAAGAUGAAAGGCCAUUCUUGCGAAUGUUCUAGCAGGUAUAGUUUUGCUACACUUCUGUCGA